AAGGGUUUUGUUUACAGCACGCCGGUUUGAAGAUUUUAAGAGUUAAAGUGAUAUUUAUUUAUAAUUUAGGAAAUUGUUGCACAUAAAAAGUCGCCAUGUCGCAGACUAUGCCUCCAGAAAACCUAAGCAGCCGCCUGUUGACGGUGCUGAGUUUGCCAUUGUAUGAUCGCGUGCACGAGCUGAGUAUCCUUUUUGAUCGUUGCUCCGUGCGCCAAAUUCAGGAAAUAUUCCCCCACGUCGUGCACUCCAUUUUCGGAAUCAAUGGGAAUCCUUUGGGUUGGGGCCUGCGGACGACGACGAUGGAGAAUAAUCAACUGCAUUUCCAGAUUUUGCAGCAGUUUUUCGGCGUGUCUGGUCCUUGGAUGCAUCUCUGCCACCGCCUGCUCCUCGAUCAAUGCAAGUUCGAGUUGGACAUCAACCUUCUGCCGGCAAAGUUCGUUAGCCUACUGCAGUCUGGCCAGAAUCCCAGGUUCUAUGCGGAACUCAUCAAUAUCGACACGAUGAUGCGCCAAGUGACCACGUUAUCGUUAAACGCCUUCGAUUUCUACAUAAUUCACUUUGUGCUGUAUGCUCUACAGCCUCUUCACUCCAUUAACCCGAUCGCCAUGCAGAUCCAUAAUGUAAGGAGUAAGACAGUGUACCUGAAGCUGGUAUCCGAGUAUCUCAACAACUUCCUGCCCCUGAUGCCUGAUGCCCGCAUAGAACCAGUACACUUCAGUGGUGGUGUCAAGGCGCCUCAGCCAUUGCCCGCGCAGGCAUUGCAACCUCAAAGGCAACCGCGUUACCUCAAGAUUCCCAGCUCAUAUCGUAAUGGCGGAAAUGUGUCCGGCGGAGGAGGCAGUCCAAACACUAGCGGUGGCAGCGGGAACACUUCACCCCAGUCAAAUAGUGCAAAUGCAAGCGCAAACAGGGCCUACGCCUGGCGAUCUGAGAGUGUACUCCAUUUUUUCGUUGACAUCUGGCUGCGAUAUGACAUCGAGUCAGAGCACCAUUUGCCUAGCAGCGAUUUUGUGCGCGGCGUACGUACCUUAGUAAAGCAGGUUCAUUUCUUUGCUAACGGAGCUCAGCAGGAUCACAGUUCGCUUUGUGCAUUGCGGAAGGUCUCGUUGAGCAUGGUAAAGGCAAGGAUAUACGCUUUCCUAUGCGGCUUAAUCGAUCGUUGGCCUCUGGACAGCUCAUUGAUGGUGGUGCUGGAGCUCUGGCUUAGCUACAUCCAGCCAUGGAGGUACACUAUAGCGGCCCUGAACAACAAGACGCCUAGUCUUGCCUACAAGCCGCCCAUUCUGCCCUGCUACGACGGUUUUAUUAUAGAUAAUUUGAUUAUGUAUACACACAUAUUUAUGCAAUUGGUACCGCACUUUGGGCGCUUGGAUUACACGGUCUAUCGAAACGCUUUUAUGCUGUACCGCCUGGCCACAAUGUUCGCCCAACAUGACUUAGUAGAGCGAUUGCAACGUUUUGAGCGACUCCAUGCGGGCAAUUCAUAUGGCUUUGACUCCCCACAGCGACAAGUGAACAUGAUGAAUAAAUCGUAUUCCCCAAGCUCACAGUGGAAUCCUGUGGUUAACACAAGCUCGGCGAAACUUUUUAGCCAUGCCAUGCAGACACAGAUGGAGAGCUUCCUUUUCCUGAUUAGCAUGGCCCGCAACUCGGUGCUAAGAGAUAUAGCUAAGUUACGAAACGAAAUCGCAGAGAAACAACGCUCUGAGGGAUUCCUUAAAAACUUCUUUAACAAGCUCUUCGGCGAGUGCACCCAGGAUGAGAUAACCCUGCGCGAGUUCAGUCGUAUACCGGAGGUUUUACGUCAAUGCAUCGACGCCUUCUGUAGAACAUUUAAUAUCGAUCCAGCAAACCUUUCUAUGAAUGAUAGUGUAUCAGAGGAACCUAGUUUGCCUGCCACGACCUCAGUACAAAAUUUCAGCUUUUUUGACUCUAGCAACUCCCUGGACACUUCAAAGUUGAAUCCACACCAAAUGUCUCUCAAUGCCUCGAAUAUACAUGCGACUGUUGAUCCAGCACAACUGCCCAUCCAGAGCAAUGAGAUCAAGCCGUUGGUAAGAAUGCUGCACGUCGUCUCUGAAGAGAUCAAUAAGAGGUAUGGCAGCCAAAUACAAGUUCUAUAUGCUCGCGAAGACUACUGUGGAAAGGUAGCGCGGCAACUUCUGUACGCUCCUAUGACGGAGCAGUGGUUCGACAAAAGCUCCGGCCAAGUAGAUAUAUGUGAAAACGCAGUUCCUCCUCGAGUUUGUCUACGAUUUUUGGGCUCUAUACCUGUUCUUGUUACGAUCACUGUAGUGCUAAUCCUUGGGAAACUUAUUUGGGGUUCCUCAAUCCUAGGACUGAUCAUUUUGGGCACUGUGAUGUUUCUGUACACCUUGCUGCAGGCACUGCUUUCCUAGUUUAAAUGUUUUAACUAGAUAGAUUACUAAAAAUCUGACAUUUAUAUAUUUGUAUAAAAGUAAAGAAACUAC